UUCUUCGCGGCCGCCUCCUCCCCCUUCCUCCUCAACCCUUUCUCCUCGACCCUUUCACUCUUCCCUCAUGUUCGCCCUCGAAGAACCUGAGUCGAGAAAGCGACAACGGUCCUCACAAUCGCGCGAGGAUCUCGAGCCGGAGCCGAUAGCAAAGAAGCAAAAACCUCUUUCGGAAAGCCGUGACCUCCCUCGUCAUCGUCCUCCCAGCUUCUGGGACACGUUAUCCAAGAUUCGAUUGAGUCGCGGUGCUCUCCGAGAGUUUGACCGUAGGAACAUUGAAGAGAAGGUCCAGCCACCUUGCACACUCACACCGAAGGUCGAAUAUCCCACAGGGCGUGCUCGCCUACUGCUCAAGAGAUUUGCUCGACGUGGUGGGCCUGAUCUAUCACACCUUCGAGGGCUUGCCAACUUGCCUCUUCCGAUCCUCGACAGAAUGAGCGGUUAUGCUCGUUCUCAAAGCGGGAGACGGUCGUCAGCCUCCUCGAGGCUAAGUGACCAUACCAAGACCACCUCUACUAAGACCACUCCGUAUAGCGGCAAUUUUGAGCAAAAACUGAUCGACAAUGCCAUCUACCCCAGCCUAUAUGAGCAUUCAGAUGGACGUUUAUCACAAAACCCGGCGAAUCUGAGUGACAUCCGGGCCGCACAACGCCACCCUCGGGCAUCUCUAUCACCGUCGCGAUUCACUGACGAAGAUUUUGAAGCCUUUCAGCGGGCAAAUGCAAGAGCGUCCGGCGAGACUACGGGGAUGCAUAACUUACUCCCCUUCAUCGCGGGAAAUGAGGCGGGCCAUCGUUUCGAGAUGGGUCUGCCGUUGAGCAACCUGAAACCGUUCGACAAAGAUCUCUGCGACCCCAGCCCCGACGUCUAUCAUGGAGCGGCACUCUCGACCAUCCAUCCGCGUGUUCGUGCUGACUUGGGACGUUAUAUCAUUCCAUCGACGGUCGAUCUAACUCGUCCGGCGGCUCCGAAUUUCUUCGUCGAGGGCAAAAGCCCUCAAGGUCGAGCGGAUGUAGCAAAGAGACAAGCCAUGCAUGACGGAGCAUUUGGGGCUCGAGCUAUACACGAACUUCGGAACUACAAAGCUGAAGAGCCAGAAUACGACAACAAGGCACGAAGCUUUUCCGCGACCUACCACGCAGGCACCGGCACUCUUCAGACCUAUGCGCACCAUCUCACUGCGCCGCUCACUCCCGGAGGGGAGUCAGAGUAUCACAUGACUCAGACAAAGGCAUUUGCAAUGACGAGCGACAAAGAAACAUUCGUGAGAGGCGCCACGGCCUACCGCAACGAUCGGGACUUAGCAAAGAAAGAGCGGGACAGCUCCAUUGCCCUUGCCAACGAGGUGGCUCGCCAGAUGCCCGCGCCCACCCCAAACACGCCCACCCCAAACACCAGCUCCACGACCAGCCGCACAUCCCGUUCGACGGUCAUUGCUGCCGGAUCGGACACCUCCUCUGAAGACGAGCUGGCUCGCGAUGAGGUGACCCCGGUUAAGCGCCUGAGACCAAGUGCGGCGUCAUCCACGAGCUACGGUUCUGCAACUGGACGAGAUGGCCGCGCUGCCUCCGGAACUCCUACUGCUGUCAGAAAACCACCCUUGGCACCACCGUUAAAUACCAUAUCGACGUCCAGACGCAGUGGCCGGCCUUCUGCGGAGGGAAGCUUGUUGAAAGCAAUUAGCCACGCACGGGAUGGAACGGAGAGAUCUUCAAUGAAGAGACCUUCAGACCUCCCCAGGCAAGCACAAGGCGUGCAGGGCUCGGGACGAGGUCGCCAAACACGUCCCAUGGUUGAAGUUACUUCAGAGCGGAUGCGGUAUAAAGAAGAGUCGGGAUGGUGCGUCGAGUAUGGGGAUCAGUCUAUCUUCGUGGGAGAUUCGCAGUGGACUAACUACGAGAAAGAUGGACGGCAAGCUCUCUUUUGCGCUCGUCUGAACGUCUUUACGUAUCGGUCCAAUGGCAACAGGAGUCGGUGAAGGCGCUAAGCAUUUGGGGAGAUGGCGAAGCGGCUCAUCUUUGUGUUUGUGGGUCUAAUUACUUCCAUUAAAUGGUGUUUGGUAUUGUACACGUUCUGGUGUACAAGGAGUUUAGCCCGAGGUGCACAAGGGUGCUAAGUGUGAACCAACCUGAUAUUUUCCUUCCUUACUUCAGGCAGAAAGCCCUCCUUCCCAAAUGGAAAAAUAUCAUAAUACAAAUGUAUCUUCCA